AUGCCAAGAAACUACACCAGGAAGACAACCUGGGGCCAAACACCCCUCGCACAGAUCGAGAGUGCAGCCGCUGAGGUCAUGCAAGGAAAGAAGUCCUUAAGAAAAGCUGGAAGGGAUAGAAAUAUUGACAAGACAACCCUACAAAGAUUCAUAAAGAAAAAAGAGAAAGGGGUAGAAAAAUCAGUAGCCUGGGGUGCAGUAGCUGAGGCGAAGAGAAUAUUCACAGAUGAGAUGGAGGAGGAGCUUGCCAAACAUUUGAAACAACUAGCUGACCAGUUCCAUGGCCUCGCUCCAGUUAAGUGCUGUGAACUGGCAUUUGAAUACGCAGAGAGAAACAAUAUCCCUGUCCCUGCCAAUUGGACAGAGAAACAAUGUGCAGGUAGGCUACGGUGUGCAAGAGAUCACAUUAUUCUGUAGGUUAACUUAGGCCAACUGAUCUUGCCACAAAGCUAAAUCUUAUAAUAAUGAAUUCUCUACUCUUUAGGAGAAGAGUGGUUUGGCAGCUUCCUAGCACGUCGCCAUCUCUCUGUCCGAACUCCGGAGGCAACAUCC